AUGCCGACCUUUGGGGGCCUGCUCAAGAAGAAGAAGACGAAGGAGUCCACCGAAGACAAAUCGGCCGCCGGCGGCGGCUAUCAUCCCGCUCAAUACAAGUCCUCGCACAAGCCUGAUGCCUCUUCACCCGUUUCCUCCUCCAAGACAGCGUCAGAUGCACCUACCCAAUCCAGUGCAGCUCCCACCACUACCGUGACCUCUACCCCGGAACCAAAUGCCACAUCGAUCGAAAGCAACGGCACUCCCAACAUGAGCCUCGCCAAUGUUGUCAGCCCUGCUGCCGGCGUGGUCGACCCUAAGCCGGUGGCAAGGCAAACCAAGGGCAAAUACACUCUCACCGACUUCACCAUUCAGAGAACAUUGGGUACAGGUUCUUUCGGACGCGUACACUUGGUACAGUCAAAACACAACCAGCGUUUCUACGCGAUCAAGGUGUUGAAGAAGGCCCAAGUCGUCAAAAUGAAACAGAUCGAGCAUACAAACGAUGAAAGGAGAAUGUUACAGAGAGUCAAGCACCCUUUCCUCAUCACACUCUGGGGUACAUUCCAAGAUUCCAAGAAUCUCUACAUGGUCAUGGACUUUAUUGAAGGCGGUGAGCUCUUCAGCCUGCUUCGAAAGUCACAGCGUUUCCCCAAUCCCGUCGCGAAAUUCUAUGCUGCAGAAGUGACCUUGGCGCUCGAGUAUCUGCACGCACAAAACAUCAUCUAUCGAGACUUGAAACCAGAGAACUUGCUACUGGACAGACACGGCCACAUCAAGAUCACCGACUUCGGUUUCGCCAAGGAUGUACCCGACAUUACGUGGACUCUUUGUGGUACCCCGGACUACCUUGCCCCCGAGGUUGUGGCCUCCAAGGGAUACAACAAAUCCGUGGAUUGGUGGUCCCUCGGGAUCCUGAUUUUUGAGAUGCUGUGCGGAUUUACCCCGUUCUGGGAUGGCGGAUCUCCCGUCAAAAUCUAUGAGAACAUCCUCAAGGGGCGGGUCAAAUAUCCCCCGUAUAUCCAUCACGACGCUCAAGAUCUCCUGGUACAGCUUAUUACAAAUGACCUGACGAAGCGGCUGGGCAAUUUACAUGGGGGUCCAGCUGACAUCAAGAAUCAUCCGUGGUUUGCGGAAGUCACCUGGGAAAGGCUCCUGAAGAAAGACAUUGACGCUCCUUACGUACCGCCUGUGAAGGGAGGGGCGGGCGAUGCCAGUCAAUUCGACAAGUAUCCUGAAGAGACGGAGGAAUAUGGCAAGAAAGGGGAUGAUCCGUAA